CUACAUCAGCGACACAGGGACGAUUCCACCGGAAAGAUGCUUGUUUGGGAUCAUGUUGAAUGUUUCGACCUUCCUGGGGGUGGCCACGACGUACGUCCGGUACAAACAGGUGUGUGCCCUGAUCCCAGGGAAUUCCAGGAUCCUCAGGCUCAACAGGAUUGGCCUCACCUUGGGCUGGAUGAGCUGCUUUGGCCUCUGCAUCAUCGCAAACUUCCAGAAAUGUGUCCUGUACUACAUCCACGUGCUGGGGGCCUGCCUGACCUUCGGAGUGGGAGCCCUUUACAUGCUGCUCCAGACCGUCCUGUCCUUCCACAUGCAGCCGGAAUUCCACGGCAAGGGAAUCUUCUGGGCCCGCCUGGCCGUGCUCCUCUGGAGCUCCUGCAGCAUCGGGAGCAUGUCCGUGUCCUCGGGGCUCCUCUACAGUGGCCGCUACGGAUCCGGCCUGGAGCAGAGGCUGCACUGGGACCCCCGGGACAGAGGAUACCCCCUGCACAUGGUCAGCACUGUCUCUGAGUGGUCCUUGGCCUUCUCCUUCCUCAGCUUCUUCCUCACCUACAUCCGGGACUUCCAGAAGGUGUCCCUGGGGGCUGUGGUGACUCUACAGGGACGGACCCUCCACCACGUCCCCCCCCCGGGCUCCGGGGCCGAGGAGCAGGGGCUGCUCUUCCCAGAGAGUGUCUGACGGAGCUCCUGGAACUCAGGAAUUCCUGCAGCAGCAGCAGUUGGUCCUUCCCAGCAUUUCUGCCGUCCCAAGCCAGAGUCCUGUCACCUGCCGGAGCCGGGCCUGGUCCUGACAUUUCUGCCUCAGUGAGCAUUAAAUGAAGGGAAUAACGA